GUGCGGAGACGUCACUGAUGGUUAUAUAGGCUGCAGCUGUGGCGGCGGGCUCGCGCUGCUUGAGGACAGAGGACCGGCGGCGCGCGCUCCCACUCUCCCCAAACAAAGAAGCACGCGAGGCAGCUCCGCAUCCACUCAUCCGCCAGCUCCCCGCCCCUGUCAGGCAGAACCGGUCCAGAGGCCACGAUGACCGCUAACGGCGCCGCCAACGGAACCAGCGACAUGCUGCAGAUCCAGUUCGGCCUCAUCAACUGCGGGAACAAGUACCUGACCGCGGAGACGUUCGGCUUCAAGAUUAACGCGUCCGCCAGCAGCAUGAAGAAGAAGCAGAUCUGGACCCUGGAGCAGAGCGGGGACGAGUCCAGCGGGGACGUCUUCCUCCUCAAGUCCCAUCUGGGCCGGUACAUCGCCGCCGACAAGGACGGCAACGUGACCGGCGACAGCGAGAGCCCGGGCCCGGAGUGCCGCUUCGUCAUCACCGCGCACGAUGACGGCCGCUGGUCGCUGCAGUCCGAGGCGCACGGACGCUACCUGGGUGGCACCGAGGACCGCAUCCUCUGCUUUGCGCAGAGCGUGUCUGUGGCGGAGAAGUGGAGCGUGCACAUCGCCAUGCACCCGCAGGUCAACCUCUUCAGCCUGACGCGCAAGCGCUACGCGCACCUGAGCGACAAGGUGGACGAGAUCGCCAUCGACCGGGACGUGCCGUGGGGGGUGGACUCCAUGAUCACGCUGGUGUUCCGGGAGCAGCGCUACCACCUGCAGACCUCCGACAACCGCUUCCUGAGGAACGACGGCGCGCUGGUGGCCACCACGGACAGGAGCACCGGCUACACGCUGGAGUUCCGCUCCGGGAAGGUGGCCUUCAGGGACUGCAGCGGCAGGUACCUGGCCCCCUCCGGGCCCUCCGGCACCAUGAAGUCCGGCAAGAGCGCGCGGGUGGGCAAGGAUGAGCUGUUCGUGCUGGAGCAGAGCCACCCGCAGGUCGUGCUUACCGCCGGGAACGAGAGGAACGUCUCCACCCGUCAAGGCAUGGACCUGUCGGCCAACCAAGACGAGGAAGGCGACCAGGAGGUGUUCCAGGUGGAGAUCUGCCGUGAGAACAGGAAGUGCGCGUUUCGCACCGCUGCUGGGAAAUACUGGACCCUGACGGCCAACGGCGGCCUGCAGUGCACCGCCUCCACCAAGUCGGCUAAUUGCUACUUUGACAUCGAGUGGCGUGGCAAGCGGCUGACUCUCCAGGCUGCUAACGGGAAAUACGUGGCCGCCAAGAAAAACGGCCAACUGGCGGCGACCAACGACACCGCAGGUGAAACUGAGGAGUUCAUCAUGAAGCUGAUCAACCGGCCGUUCAUCGUCCUGCGAGGAGAGCACGGCUUCAUCGGCUGCAGGAAGGUGACCGGGACUCUGGACUCCAACCGCUCCUCUUACGACUACUUCACCCUGCAGUUCAGCGACGGCGCGUACAACCUGCAAGACUCCACUGGGAAGUACUGGAUGGUGGGGAACGAGCAGUCGGUGGUGAGCAGCAGCGACACGCCCGUCGACUUCUUCUUCGAGUUCUGCGACUACAACAAGCUGGCCAUCCGCCACGGCGCCGACGGCAAGUACCUGCGCGGGGACCACGCCGGCGUGCUGAAGGCCAACGCCGACGACCUGGAAUCUGCCACGCUCUGGGAAUACUGAGGAACCAGAACACUGCCAGUCCAUUUGGGCUACCUUUCCCCCCCACCCCCCCACCCGGUAUAAUAUCUGUACUUCUGAUUAGAUGUUGAUUAAAGUGCACAGAGAACAGCCAGGCCGAGGAAGGAGACGCUUCUCUCCCUCCCUUUCCUUCCUUUUUAUCCUUCCUUCCUCAGUUUCUCAGCCUGAGGUGCCAACCUUCGUCUGUUGCCAUAGUUACCACAGGCACUUUUUGUUCUUCCUGCUUUGAUAGUUUGCUGCUCCAUCCCUCCCUGACGUUUGCGAGCAGCAGAAAUGUAUGUCAGAACCGAGCCUUCUUCUGAACCCAAUCAGAACCAAUCACCUUUUUGGGUUUGUGCAGUUUGAGUUCUGGGUUGUUCCUCAUGAGCGGGUCGUCGUUCCUGCUAUGACUGUAAAAUAGAGUGGAUCUGAUGAAGAUGUGGAUCAUGUAGCUGCUCAUCUUGUGUGUCUAAAAGAAACGUGUUCAGAUGCAAGCAAACUUGCUCUGUUCUCGUCAGGGUUUCCCGGAUGGAGCAGGAAGUCGAAACUCUUGUCCAAACCCCCAUGUUAGAGUUUGAGUCGUCACGGCAACAGCAUGAUGAGCAAAUCGGGACCGUCGCAGCCCCAAUGUGUGCGUCUACUGCACUUUGCAUGGAAGAAAACGCGCACGGUUUUGUUUUCUAGGCACAGAUGUGUAGGUCGCCAUGGUAACUAAUGAAAUAAUUUAAAGCUGCUCUGAAUUAAGAAACUUUCAUCUCACGUCAAACUGGUCAAAUCUGGUGCUACUAACGACUCAUCUCUGUCAGGACAAACUGUGAUUCCUCCUGUUGCCCCAAACCUGCUGCUGCUUCACUUUCAUUCCAGUCUCAACCUUCUCGACGGCAUUCUUUCUCAUUGUUUUUUCCUGGGUUUUUCUGGAAAUGAAGGAGAAAAUGUGGAUUUCUUAUUGAAUAGUUUAAUAACUUAGUCCUCUUGUCUCGUUUCGUCUGGUUUUUGCAGCACCUUGUAUCUCAGCAGGUCAUUCCCUCUGGAGUAGAACUCCACAUCUACCACCAGAGUCCAUAGAAAUUCUCAGAUUGUAGUUGGUCCCAAAGUUUUUUCUCACUUUCUGAAAAUGUUUGGAGUGGACGUGUGAAUGCAGCAGUUCUCAGAGGAACUCGCCUGGAGACAGACGGAUGUGGAAGGGUGACUGUGCCUUACUCUUGACUCGUCAGGCAGUAGGAAAACGAGAAAAUUUAGCGUCCACAUCUUUGCUUUGGGAAACUGGAACUUCUUUUUGUAUUAUUUUGUACAAGUAUUAUUCUUUUGAUAUUGUGGAUGACUCUCUUGUGCCAUUGGUUCACCUGAAAUCCAACGACCAAUAAAAACUGGGUUUGAAACGCAA